AUGGCGUGGCGCUGCAGUGCUCUAUCGAACGACGGACUGGUGGACAACUUGGCGCGCGCUGGGAUCGUGCAGUCGCAGCGCGUGGCUCGCGCCAUGAAGGCCACGGACCGGGCGCAGUACGUGGCGCCGGCGACCGAGAGCGACGUGGACGCCCCUCGCCCCGUGUCCCCCGCCCAGGCAUACCAGGACGCGCCUCAGCGACUCGGCUUCGAGCAGACCAUCUCAGCGCCUCACAUGCACGCGUACGCCCUGGAACUGGCCGAUGUAGCCAUCCAUGACAUUGAACACCCGCGAAUGCUGGACGUGGGCGCUGGAUCGGGAUAUCUGACCGCCUGCCUAGGCCACCUCGUGGACCAAGACGGGGGCCGCGUGUUUGGUAUCGAACGCAUCCCGCAACUCGCGCAGUUGGCGCAGAAAAAUAUUGAAAGAGCGGACGGAGACCUGGUGCGCAGGGGCGUCGUCUCGGUCGAGCGAGCCGAUGGGUGGACGGGUUUGCCGAACCAAGCGCCGUUCAACUUCAUCCACGUAGGGGCUGCUGCAGUGGAGCCACCGCGAGCGCUGAUGGAGCAGCUCGCGGAAGGGGGGCGGCUGGUGGUGCCUGUGGGCGAACAAGGCGAGAGUCAAGUGCUGCUGGAGAUCCAAAGGACGGACAAAGAGACCUUCACGAAACGUGAGCUGAUGGGAGUGUCCUACGUCCCGCUUGUGCGACAGCGUACAGAGCUCUAA